UGGCCUGCAAAGUUCACUGAGGCAGAGUUGGUGGACUGUACUGCACUCAUAUCAGUAAAGACAGACAUGGAGCUUGGAUCAGCAGUAAGUACAGUGAGGAGUACGAGGGUACUGCUUGGUGAUGAGAUCCGUCCUGCUGUCAUCGUAAUUAAGGAUGGAAAGAUCCAUGAGAUACUCCCAGACAGAGACUUUUCUGGAGCUGCUGCCUGUGAGGUGCUGGAUGUGGGCAACAGUGUGGUGAUGCCAGGCGUUGUAGACUGCCAUGUUCAUGUGAAUGAACCAGGCCGCACCUCCUGGGAGGGUUUCUGGACCGCCACCAGGGCUGCUGCGGCAGGAGGGGUGACAACCAUCGUGGACAUGCCGCUAAAUAGCAUCCCUCCAACUACCACUCUUGGAAAUUUUCACGAGAAGCUGCAGGAGGCGACGGGGAAGUGUUUUGUGGACACGGCCUUCUGGGGAGGUGUGAUUCCUGGCAAUCAGCUGGAGCUUCGGCCCAUGAUCCAGGCAGGAGUGGCUGGCUUCAAGUGUUUCCUUAUCCACAGUGGUGUGGAGGAAUUCCCACAUGUGACGGACGUUGAUCUACACGCAGCCAUGAAGCAGCUGCAAGGCACAGGAAGUGUCCUGCUGUUUCAUGCAGAGAGGGAUGUUCAGCCGACAACAGAAGAGAAUGGAGACCCUUGCCAGUACUCCACCUUCCUGCAGUCCAGACCAGACGUCAUGGAGAUAGAGGCAAUUCGCACCAUCACACAACUCUGCCUCCAGUACCAGGUGCGGUGCCACAUAGUUCACUUAUCCUCUGCAAAGCCACUGCAACUGAUCCAGGAAGCACGGAAGGCCGGAGCGCCCUUGACAGUGGAGACCACCCACCACUACCUCAGCCUGUGUGCAGAGAACAUACCUGCAGGGGCCACACAAUUCAAGUGCUGCCCCCCCAUCAGAGGAGCUGCUAACCAGGAGCAGUUAUGGUCCGCUCUGAAAGCUGGGCAGAUUGACAUGGUGGUGUCCGAUCAUUCCCCCUGCACCCCUGAUCUGAAGAAACUGCAGAACGGAGACUUCACUGAGGCUUGGGGAGGAAUUUCAUCUCUACAGUUUGGUUUGCCUCUGUUUUGGAGUUCAGCCAGUAAGCGAGGCUUUCAGCUGUCUGACGUGGUGAGACUCCUCAGCCAGAAAACAGCCCAGCUGAGUCGGCUGGACAACCAGAAGGGCAGCCUCGCCCCCGGCUAUGAUGCUGACCUGGUGAUAUGGGACCCAGAAAGAGAAUUUAAAAUUAAAGAAGCAAGCAUACAUCAUAAAAACAAGCUAACACCUUACCUCGGCGUCACACUGAAAGGAGUGGUGUGUGCCACCAUUGUCAGGGGGCGGCUGGUGUUCAGAGAAGGCUCCUUCUGCCCCGAGCCUCUAGGGAAGCAUCUCCUCAUCUCCUCAGCUGUGAAGCACAACGACAACAAGCUGUGAUAAACUUACCUGAGUGUCAUGUGAAUCUGUAACAGUGCACCAUGGUGUUUUCCUCAAUUCUCUCGCACUGAACGCUUUUUAUUAGAUUUCAUGAUCUUAAAUUUUUUUACAUCACAGUUUGCUUAAAAUAUCCUCGAUUUCAGAAGUACCUCCAGAAAACAAUAUAACCUCCUGAGAUAAAUAUUCUGUGAAGAUAAUUAAUAAAAUGCAUUAUAAGCUGAUUGCAUCUUCACAAUAUCUAAUCAGAACAGCAUACGGACCAAUGAUUAUGAGACAAUGGGCCCCUCUGCAAAAAUAUGCAUCUCUUUGUAGUUGUAGUGCAACUUUUUCUUGGUUUGUAUCUCUGAGGUAACUUUGUGUCUUUUUGUGGUUGUUUUUGCCCAUGUUUCUACUAUUUUUGUUCCUGUGUGUCUCUCUGUUGUCAUUUUGAAUCUCUCCCUGGUCUGUACGUGUUAAUUUGAGUGAUAUUUUGCAGGUGAAGGUCAGGGGGCCCCUCUUACAGUUUGGGCCCCUGGGCCUGGUUAGUAAUCCAUCCAUGCUUAUGGACAUGCAAUCAAAUAAGUCUUUCUAUC